GCCGCGCAUCUCCAAUCUCCAUCCGGACUCUCCGUCAUGCACAGCGGCAAGAGAGGGCUGGUGGCUCCGCAGAACACCUUCCUGGAGAACAUCGUCCGGCGCUCCAGCGAAACCAGUUUCCUGUUGGGGAAUGCACAGAUUGUGGAUUGGCCGGUUGUGUACAGCAACGAUGGAUUCUGCAAACUGUCUGGAUACCACAGAGCUGAGGUCAUGCACAGGAGCAGCACGUGCAAUUUCAUGUAUGGUGACCUGACUGAUAAAAAGACUAUGGACAAAAUCAGACAAACCUUUGACAGCUAUGAGUCCACUUUCUAUGAGGUGCUUCUCUAUACAAAGAAUAGAAAACCGAUCUGGCUCUGCAUGCAGAUAGCCCCGAUCAGAAAUGAAAACAACAAAGUCGUGCUCUUCCUCUGCACAUUCAGAGACAUUACGCUUUUUAAGCAGCCCAUUGAAGACGAAUCAGCCAGAGGAUGGGCAAAGUUUGCCAGACUCACGCGGGCGCUUACCAACAAUCGCAACCAGGUGCAGCAGCUGGCCCCACUGAACACGACUGAGGUCAGCCACAAGCCGUCCAGACUGGCUGAGGCUCUCCAGUUGGGAUCAGACAUUCUCCCCCAGUACAAACAGGAGGCCCCUAAGACCCCUCCGCACAUCAUCCUGCACUACUGCACCUUCAAGACCACCUGGGACUGGGUCAUCCUCAUCCUCACCUUCUACACCGCCAUCAUGGUGCCCUAUAACGUUUCCUUUAAGACCAAGCAGAACAACUUGGCUUGGCUGGUGGUGGACAGUGUUGUUGACAUCAUCUUUCUCAUUGACAUUGUGCUCAACUUCCACACCACGUUUGUGGGUCCAGCUGGAGAGGUCGUAUCGGACGCCCGGCUCAUUCGAAUGAAUUACAUGAAGACGUGGUUUGUCAUCGACCUUCUGUCCUGUCUGCCCUACGAUGUCAUCAAUGCCUUUGAGGAGGAUGCCCCACAUUCCUCUCCAGUGAGUCAUCUUCGGGAUUUUUCACACUUCCAUCGAAAUUCUACGCGGACAGAAGACUCACUUCUUCCAGGCCUCAGCAGCCUCUUCAGUUCCCUGAAAGUGAUCCGCCUGCUGCGUUUGGGGAGGGUGGCCCGGAAGCUGGACCACUACCUGGAGUACGGGGCGGCUGUCCUGCUUCUGCUGGUGUGCGUCUUUGGCCUGGUGGCCCACUGGCUCGCCUGCAUCUGGUACAGCAUCGGAGACCACGAGGUCAUUGACGAGGCCACCAACAGCAUCAAGACGGACAGCUGGCUGUACCAGUUGGCUACAAGCAUCGGAACGCCUUACCGCUACAACGCCAGCGGGACGGGCCAGUGGGAGGGAGGGCCCAGCAAAGACACCCUGUACAUUUCCUCUCUCUACUUCACCAUGACCAGUCUCACCACCAUUGGGUUUGGCAACAUUGCUCCGACAACCGACGGGGAGAAGAUUUUCUCCGUGGCGAUGAUGAUGGUGGGCUCGCUGCUGUAUGCGACCAUCUUCGGAAACGUCACCACCAUCUUCCAGCAGAUGUACACCAACACAAACCGCUACCAUGAAAUGCUCAACAAUGUCCGUGAUUUCCUCAAGCUUUACCAGGUUCCCCAAGGCCUGAGCGAGAGGGUCAUGGACUUCAUCGUCUCCACCUGGGCCAUGUCUAAAGGCAUCGACACAGACAAGGUUCUCUCCAUCUGUCCCAAAGACAUGCGUGCAGACAUCUGCGUGCACCUCAACAGACAGGUGUUUAAUGAUCACCCGGCGUUUCGUCUGGCGAGUGACGGCUGCUUACGCUCCCUCGCUGUGGAGUUUCAGACGACACACUGUGCACCGGGAGACCUCAUAUUCCACAUCGGAGAGAGCGUCGACACCCUCUGCUUUGUCGUCUCCGGUUCGCUGGAGGUCAUCCAGGACGAUGAAGUCGUGGCAAUCCUGGGUAAAGGGGAUGUGUUUGGAGACGUGUUUUGGAAGGAGAUCACGCCAGCUCGAGCCUGCGCAAACGUACGAGCACUGACUUACUGUGACCUGCACGUCAUCAGGAGAGAGGCUCUGAUGAGGGUGCUGGACUUCUACACAGCAUUCGCCAACUCCUUCUCCCGCAACCUCAUCCUCACCUGUAAUCUACGAAGACGGGUGAUCUUCAGAAAGAUUGCUGACGUGAAGAGAGAGGAGGAGCGCCAGAGGAGCGAGGUGUCGCUGUCCAUCCCCGAGGAUCACCCGGUUCGUAAGCUGUUCCAGAGGUUCAGACAGCAGAGAGACCCUCCGGUACCGGGAGGGUCCAACAUUUUCUCUGACCAAAACUGUGUCCAGCUGGAGCCGCAGCGUCACCUCCACGCCGACUCCAACUCUUACCUUCAGUUUCAACCUGCCUCCUCCCGGCAGCAGGAGCGCAGCUCCACCGCCUUCCCCCACUGUGCAGGAGAAGAGCGUGCGAGCAGCAGCUGCAGCGUGACAGCGUCUCAACAAGCGUUUGCCCAUGCUGAAAAGUCAGCACAAAGCUGCACACGAGCCACUGUGGAGUCUAUAUCGAGAGCUUGUCAGGGCAGCAGCGGCGCAGGUGCGGAGGGAGCAGCAAGGGGCGUUUUCAGCAGCAGAGGGGCCCGAGGGUGGGCAAAGUUUAAGGUCGCCACAUCUGCUGAACCUAAGACUGCUGCUGCCGAGUGGGAGAAGCAGGCACAGAAGGUAGAGGAGCCCCCAAAACAGUUCUCAGCUGCCAACAAGAACCAGGAACCAGAGGAGGGUGCACAGAUUGGGUGCACAGAGGGUGGCGGCCUCUCAGGACAAGCAGGGGGAGCAACAGCCGACCCUAACAUAACAAAGGCCGACCCUCGCAUUUAUCAAGGCGAGUAUUCAAGAUGCUCCUUUGAGCCAAGCCCGAUGGAGGAAACCCCCCAGGAGAGGACUCCAUUGGAGGGCAGUGUGGGGGGCUUCACCGAAGCAUCCUUCAGACGGCCCUUCCCACUGACAGCCUCCGAACAAACUCUGCUUCAAGCGACGAUGCACGAAGCCAAGCUGGAGCUGAAAGGAGACAUUAGGAACCUAGGCAGCCGGCUGUCUGUCCUGGAGUCGCAGGUGAGCGAGAUCCUCCGGCUGCUGUCGGUUAAAAGGAGACUCUCGCUGCCUCCAACGUCUUCAAAAGCGAGGAUGAAGAGUCCAGACUCAGUCCCUGCCUCCAGACCUGUUGCACCCAAAGCAGAAGAUGAGACCUUUUGA